UUAUGUUCUUGGUAGAUUCGAAAUCAAGACUGCAUGAGUUAGAUCUGCCAUUUACUUAUUCAUCAGUUAACAAUUGGAGAUAAUAUAUUUGUUGAAUUUUUGGUAAUAAAGAAAACGUUACAUUAAUUAAUAACCGAAACAAUUUCCGGUCAAACUAAACAGUUGUCGAUAUAAAAGAAACCGCGGAUGAACUCUUUCAUGGACGUUGAUUCAAAGCGACAAGUUGGAAGUGAAUAUCAUACUGUGCUAGGCUAGAGACCAGGAACGCAAAUGAGAAGACUGAUUUAAAGGUUUUUAUUUUUUAGAAGGCCCUCCCGGAGCCUUUUACGUCUUCAUGUAACUACCAUGAGUGCAGCCACGUUUGGUGUGAUUGCAGCUGCAUCGAUUGCCAGCAACGCUCUGUUUUGUUUUCUGAUGUACAAGAGGCCUGUUUUGUUGAAAAAACCUCACAAUAUCCUAUUGCUGAGUUUAGCUACGAUAGAUAUGAUGACAGGGGUCGCUAUUUUCGUGACACCGCUGUUUCAAAUCACCAAAGAUCCAUUUCUCGGCAGCUGGACUGGAUAUAUUUUCUGCUACCUGUUUGCAAAUAGUUUCUUUGUAUUUUUUCUUAGCAAAGCGUCCAUCUUGACUGUCACAUUGUUAGCCUUGGAACGAUGGUUUUCUGUUAUACGACCAUUUAGGUACAAAGUGUUUUUUUCCAAAAAAAUGUUGUUAAUAUAUGUGGUCUUUAUUUUCGUUUUAAGUUCUGUUCCGCAAAUUUAUAGAUUCUUCCGAGUUAAAUUUAAAGAUAACGGGUGCGUACGUGUUUUGAAGCCCGGGCGAGAAGUUUUUGUGUUAUGUUACGUCAUUGGGACUUUUCUACUUCCGUCAUUGAUUACCUGGGCUUCUUUUAUCCAUAUUUGGUAUCGAAUCAAAUCAUCUCCGUCAUUAAUUGGCAGGACAGAGCAGGCGCAAGUAAAAGAAAGGUUGCUGUUGCGCAUGUGUGCAAUAACAGCCACUGUUCUUACAGUUUGCUGGCUCCCCAUUCAGCUCUUUUAUGUUUUAAGUUCCUUUCACGUUAUUCGUGGUCGAAAUGGAGCAAAUAUUUACUUGAUAUUGUCUAUGUCAAACUCUAUAGUUAAUCCGUGGAUUUACUUUCUCAGCAACAAAGAAUAUAGGAAAGCGUUUCUCUCUAUACAUUGGAUCUGCAAGAAAUCUUCGCAAGUCUCUCCUGAAAGGUCAAUUCCAGAAACUGAGACUCAGAUAGAGCAAGAGAACUCUGUGUAAUUAAAACCUCAAAUGAAUGGGAAUCCUGUAAAGACCUGUAAAUUAUUUUACUAACCUAGUAUAGAUAAUUAUCCUGUCGUUUUGCCCAGGGUUGUUGUUCGUGGAACAACCAAAAAUAAACUGAUAUAUGUAUAUAGCUAUGUUAUCAGGUGCAUCAAUUAUAAACAGAAGUAUAUUCUUUGAACACCCUGGCAACUCUCCUUUGGAAUAAGAAUUGGAGACAAGGAAAAUGAGUUUGGAAUGACAACAUACGCCCUGUAUCAUCUCCAGGCAUGUUUUUAUUUGUCGAUAAUGUACAAUAUCAGGGGUUUUUCAAUUCACUCUUGUAAUGUCAGCGACGCCCAGUUUUGUUUGGUGAUAAAAAAUAAAAUA